UAAAAAUACAGACUCACCAGUUCCUGCUUUGAUGUGACAUGUGACUCCCCAGAAUACACCUUGCUUCUGUAGACCAGCUCCAACAGGAUUCCAUGGUAGCUGGGAUGUUAGGGCUCAGGGAGGAAAAGUCAGAAGACCAGGAUCUCCAGGGCCUCAAAGACAAGCCCCUGAAGUUUAAGAAGGUGAAGAAAGACAAGAAGGAAGACAAAGAGGGCAAACAUGAGCCACUACACCCUUCAGCCCACCAUUCUGCCGAGCCGGCAGAGGCAGGCAAAGCAGAGACAUCAGAAAGCUCAGGCUCUGCCCCAGCAGUGCCAGAAGCCUCUGCUUCCCCCAAACAGCGGCGUUCUAUCAUUCGUGACCGGGGACCCAUGUAUGAUGACCCCACCUUGCCUGAAGGUUGGACACGAAAGCUUAAGCAAAGGAAGUCUGGCCGCUCUGCUGGAAAGUAUGAUGUAUAUUUGAUCAAUCCCCAGGGAAAAGCCUUUCGCUCUAAAGUGGAAUUGAUUGCAUACUUUGAGAAGGUAGGCGACACCUCCUUGGACCCUAAUGAUUUUGACUUCACGGUAACUGGGAGAGGGAGCCCCUCCCGGAGAGAGCAGAAACCACCUAAGAAGCCCAAAUCUCCCAAAGCUCCAGGAACUGGCAGGGGUCGGGGACGCCCCAAAGGGAGCGGCACUGGGAGACCCAAGGCAGCAGCAUCAGAAGGUGUUCAAGUGAAAAGGGUCCUAGAGAAGAGCCCUGGGAAACUUCUCGUCAAGAUGCCUUUCCAAGCAUCACCUGGGGGCAAGGGUGAAGGAGGUGGGGCUACCACUUCUGCCCAGGUCAUGGUGAUCAAACGCCCUGGCAGAAAGCGAAAAGCUGAAGCUGACCCCCAGGCCAUUCCUAAGAAACGGGGCAGAAAGCCUGGGAGUGUGGUGGCAGCUGCUACCACAGAGGCCAAAAAGAAAGCUGUGAAAGAGUCUUCUAUACGGUCUGUGCAUGAGACCGUGCUCCCCAUCAAGAAGCGCAAAACUCGGGAGACAGUCAGCAUUGAGGUCAAGGAAGUGGUAAAGCCCCUGCUGGUGUCCACCCUUGGUGAGAAGAGUGGGAAGGGACUGAAGACCUGCAAGAGCCCUGGCCGAAAAAGCAAGGAGAGCAGCCCCAAGGGGCGCAGCAGCAGCAGCAGUGCCUCCUCACCCCCUAAGAAGGAGCACCAUCAUCAUCACCACCAUUCAGAGUCCCCAAAGGCCCCCAUGCCACUGCUCCCACCCCCACCCCCACCCCCACCCGAGCCUGAGAGCUCUGAGGACCCCAUCAGCCCCCCUGAGCCCCAGGACUUGAGUAGCAGCAUCUGCAAAGAGGAGAAGAUGCCCCGAGGAGGUUCGCUGGAGAGCGAUGGCUGCCCCAAGGAGCCAGCUAAGACUCAGCCCAUGGUCUCAGCGACCACCGCCACAGUUGCAGAAAAGUACAAACACCGAGGGGAGGGAGAGCGCAAAGACAUUGUUUCAUCCUCCAUGCCAAGGCCAAACAGAGAGGAACCUGUGGACAGCCGGACGCCCGUGACCGAGAGAGUUAGCUGACUUUACACAGAGUGGAUUGCAAAGCAAACCAACAAGAAUAAAGGCAGCUGUUGUCUCUUCUCCUUAUGGGUAGGGCUCUGACAAAGCUUCCCGAUUAACUGAAAUAAAAAAUAUUUUUUUUUCUUUCAGUAAACUUAGAGUUUCGUGGCUUCAGGGUGGGAGUAGUUGGAGCAUUGGGAUGUUUUUCUUACCGACAAGCACAGUCAGGUUGAAGACCUAACCAGGGCCAGAAGUAGCUUUGCACUUUUCUAAACUAGGCUCCUUCAACAAGGCUUGCUGCAGAUACUACUGACCAGACAAGCUGUUGACCAGGCACCCCCAACACCCCCCCCCCAGUGUGCUUAUUAGAGACAGCAGUUGAGAGGACACUCCCAUUUUUGGUGCCAUUGGUGCCCUGUCCAUAGCUUCCCUGACUCUUCCACCAUCCCAUCUCCCAAUCUGAGGGACCGGGAGGUGUGAGGCAGGAAAAAUCAUUGGAUUCUUUAGAGAAGACUGAGGUGGCCAGUAAUUGUGGCCCAGUGAUUAGAACUGUGGUGGCACAAGUCUGGCCCCACACCCACCCCAAUCCAAAACUGACAAGAAUAUUUUGAAAAACAGGAAAGUGGUACCUGUCUGAUCCAGCUCUGGCAUGGCUAGAAGCGAGCCCUGAACUGCUGGAUUAUAGA